CGUUAAGGAUAGACGCAAAAGACGUGAAGGUCCAAGCAGUGUCGCGUUGCUGGGUUUAUCUUAAACGUGCUGCGCACUCGUGCAGAAAAACAAUCCUCAGGGAAGAGACGUUCGUCGAUACGCCGCUGGCCGCUCACCCAGCGGCGAACCGUUAGCAACCAUAGGCUGUCUUUCAUCUUGGUCGAAUACGCUUGCUCAGUAUUUUGUUAGGAGUUCUACCUGGCGGCAGGCGUUUGGUGGAACUAUCUCUGCUGUUAGAUCGAGCAAUUCGUCCAAUUUGACUUUGACCAAUCGAAGAUUAACUGACUGUUAUGGCAGUGCCUGAAUAAGCUUUCGGGAUCAAUCGUAUUUUCAAUAUCUUAAGAUGAUGGGAGCAGGGCUUCCGGAUUAACUCCUAUUGAAUAUCUGUAUAUCUUUAUUCCUGUUUCGAGACUGAAACGAUUGUAUUCUAUUAUUGAAAUGUUCCAUUUGCCCGCCUAGGUUUAGACCGAGUAGCUGUACAUAGAAGAAAGACUCAGUUGUAAAGAGUGUGAUGACGAAUCAGUAAGAAUAUCGAAUAUGCAAUGAAGGUUUUGUCGUGCGCGCUUGUAAUAGUUGUGAUUCUCACUACCAGGACUGUGGCAUGGAAGCCUGAUCAGACAGAUAGGAGUGAACGGUCACCGAAUAAUAGUUCUCAGGGAAACGAAAACUAUUAUGGCAGACAUCCCGGUGGUGGAUCAGAUCUAAAAAAUAUAAGUCACGAGCUGGACGAUGAUUCACUUGAAGACGACAGAAGAGGUGUGUCUCGAGAUCGGGACCAGGAUCGUGGAAAUGAGAAUCGCCCGUUUGACGAGCAGCGUUCACGCCACGAUAACAAUCGAAACUCGCAGGAGCUUUCGCCGGUAUCGCCGCUAGCUGAGCAAAUUGAACGAAUCAGUAGUGCCGAAGAGGCCAGCAUUGAACGCGAAGACAGCCGCGAACGUCGGGUGACUCAAAAUUUUGCGUCCUCUGAAUACACCGACGAUACGGAAUCGCAGUCAAGGGAGCGUCCAGCAAAAGAUUAUGGUGGCCAUGAUACUGACGGCGCUGCCAGAGACAGCUCGCGGGUUGACAGCACCGAGGCUUACAGACUAGCAGGCAAGCGCGAUUACGACUACGAGGAUAAGCCUCAUUCCUAUAAAAAACUGCAUACGAAAAACAAGCCUCUACAGGCUCGUGGAGCAAAAGAAGGGAAUCAGUACGGAUACUGGGUACGGAAAGAGGAACAGGCAAUCGACCGAAAUCGCGAUAGUAGAGAACGUCCGGAGAGAAGUGCCGUAAGAAACGACGAUACAACCAAAACAGGACCGGUAAAUCGUGAGCCUUAUAAGUCGCAUGAUAAUCAGCUUAGCUUGAAUGGGGAUGAUUCGUCGAGGCCAGGCACCGGUGACGAAGACAAAAGUAAACGAAAUGAUGUGGAGGACGUUCUCAUGAGAUAUCGUUCUGAUCUGGACAACGAAAAAAAUCUUCAACUGGGUGAGGUCGACACUGCGUACGGAGCUAAAAAAACGACGGAUCUAAGCGCACGACACCUCAGUGAACUAGAACUAACUCGAGACAAAGGCCGCUGUUCGAAAAAGGAGUCGGCCUAUGAACCUAAAGCAUAUUACAGAGCUACACGUAACGAAAGAUACGAACUGGAUGAAGAACCCUAUGACAGAGGUAACAGAGUAAAUGUAAAUGGAGAAAACAGGCAGAGAAUGCACAAGCUACAUAAUGCUAAUGAUUCUCUUAAAUACAAACUCUCAAAAAAAAACCAGCAAUAUCCAUAUAAAACCGUUCAACAAACACGUUAUUAUGGUAGAUCCAACUUGGUUCCACCGCUUUAUCCACCUUUUGGUAGUGACGAUCAGCAAGCGAGAAAAAUCCCCGAAAUAAACCAGGCGCGGUUGGACAGCAGACAUCGAAUGCAUGACUUGUCACCUACACUGCGCCCGACACGUCGUCCUUUAUCGAGAGCAGUGAAUCGGCGAAAUCCCCGAGCUGUUAUUUCUGUAUACGAAUCAUUCCUUCCUUAUAAUAAAAGCUCGCUGCUAUUGUUAACCAAAGGACAGCCACUAUCGAAUGAAAAGCGUGUUACUCAACAUGCAGUUCUCCAAGGAACAAGACAUCCUCUACAACAUGCUGCUCAACGAGCAGCGCAAGCUCCAAGAAAACAAUCUGCUAAGGUUCCGGAAAGUGACACGGAAAAUGCCCCAAGCAGGUCACAGGAAGAAAAUGAACGGCCUCGCAGACCUGUGUAUCGGCUCGCGCCUUCACCGGCAUAUCGGACUUCACGAAGACCUGCCUCACCCUCCCUAUCACACCAUAUAUUACACGACUUCAAGAAAUUAGACAAUCGUUGGUUACCCAAAUACCCCCGUCAUGGCAUAACACGACCCCCACGACCUCAACACAGAAAACUUACAGGUCAUGCUGCUCGACUAAUAGCAAACCGUCGACGCGAUCCAAACAAGCACCAUCCAUCUGAAAAGGACUUAGAAGUCUUGACAUUGACAGCGUCUACAACAACGUCAACUAAACAUCCAGUUAUUUGCCCCUGGGGAUGGCAGGGGAACGUGAACCUCACCAGUGACGAACUUCUUCAUCGGGUUCCCGGAGAGACUGGCGAGUUUGGAACUCGAGUCGCUAGUUUACAGAGGUUGCCAUGGCAGAAAGCGAGAGAUAAAGUUGAUCGCAAUGAUACCUGGAAAAAGAUACCGAGAGUUUCAACGCUCGAAAGUACAUGCCCAGCUGCGAAUUCAAGUACGAUGCAGCCUGAAACCGGCUUCUCCGAGGGUAGCGCUGUGCAUUCAUCGGAUGCGGGAGUCAAAGCUUUGCGUUUCCCCAACUCCUUUCUUUCUUAUGAUGGCAUUAACGACAUUGUGUAUCCUCCUAUUAAGUACGGUCAUUUAAGCACUGCCGUGGCUGGUUCAGCGGCAGUCAGAUCAACAAAGGCGGAAAAGGACAGGCUCACGGACACAUCUAUUCUCGUAGAAGAAGGUCUCAGGUCACCACCCAUAGUGCCCAGGACCGCUAAGGAAGAGAACCAUGUUGAAUUCUCAGAAGACGCCUUCUGGCGAACCUGGAAGCCACCAGCAGACAUCGCGACCUAUAACGGUAAGACUGGUCUAAACACAGCUGUCACCCAGCAAAAGAAUACGAAUAAUAGUGUGCUUUCUGGACAAGCGUUGCUUUCGGGGCAUCCAGCACUAAUGCUUCGACACCACCAAAGAGGAAGCACUUUAAGACAACAUGGAACUCUAGGACGAAGGGCAAUUGCGUGGAAUACAUAUGAAAGCCCUAAGCAGGUGAGCACAAAAGGCAUCCUCGAGGGCCAGCAGAGAACUACAGGGCACGGUACAGCUUCAGUUGGCUGGUUCCGGUUCAAGCAGACCGAUCCAGAUUUUUUCGGAAUGCCUCACCGACCUUUAAGCACGACGCAAAGGCCUACUACACAAAAAAGCCGAAAAGGCAAUUCAGUCCCAGAGGCUGCCAAAUCUACGAACGACCGUCCUGAAAUGGUAAAAAAUAAAAGAUUUCCUUCGUCACUAUUUCACUCCACGGCAUCAGUGAAACCCUACAACAACACACGGUUCAAGCAUUUGAGUAUUUCGAGAAGGCGUCCCGGAUCGUUUGCCGAAUGGCAUCCACGCAGUAAAGUAAAUGCGGACAGACUUCCCGUUCCACUUCAGAAUGACACCUUAGCAAAAGCAGCCAUUCUGGCCGUGAUGCUUCGACCGGGAAAAGAUUUUUUGCACAACAUACAUUCAACGAUGAUACGCUUAGACGAAUCUGCCAGAGCCAGUCAACCUAUGAUCACUGCAAUAGGAAUCCAAACUUCUGGCCGAGGUGCGCAACGCUCAGCAGAGGCUGAAAUGGCAACAGAUGCCGACAAGCUUAGCAAUCUUCGUGUGAGGAACGAAAAGCAGGCGCUGACAGACUUUACUAAAAUAAGGACAAGGAUUCCGGUAUUGAAAUCUGCACAGGUCAUGCAAAAGAAAUUCGGAAACCUUCAGGUUUCAGGAGGCCAUGAUCGUUAUGGCCAAAAUGGAGAACAUCGAGGCCGCAGAAAAAAUGAUCAAAAGGCCCAAAGCAGGAAUGCCGAACCGGACGUAGGACAACUACCAAUGGAAAGGAGCAGCAGACAUGACGAAUUUGAGAAAAAUUAUGAUAAGACAAAAAGAAGCAUCCUGAGCGAUCUUAGCGACAUGAACAAGGACCGCCACUACAUGCCAAGUGAGUACAUCAUCAGUGUAAGGUAUAAAAAUACAACAGAUAAAGAAGCUGAAAAAAGGCUUAAAAGUCGAGGUUUCACAGAAACCCAUCAUCGGCUGGUGGAACGGUUUGAGAUCAUUCACCAGCAUGAGAACAGCGAGGAAGAUACUGGCAUCGAAGAAUCGAACAGUCCCGAUCAUGCAGCAACUGAGGAAAGCGUAAAUGCGCAGGUAAAGACUAUGGUCCGAGACAAUUUGCGGGCUAACCGAAACGGUGAAGAUAUCGCAACGAACCAAUUGGAUAGACCUCCUAUCGAGGUACGCACGCUUCUUCAUGGCUACAGAAGUAUGAAACCCUAUGAGCUCGUAUACAGAGGUAACCACUCUGAGAGCGUACAUAAAAUUCCAAGUGAGGGCUUCCCUGUCAACAGUCGCUUCAAGAACUGGGUUCACCGUAAUGUUGAAGUGUGAGCUUCCUUGUUUAAUCGGCUCUCCAACAUGUAUAACGAUAUCCGAGUCGCAACUAGUGGUUAGUAUUGGUAGUAUAUAUAUUAGUAGACGGCUUUCAAAUGUGAACGAAAUACAUUUUUCAUUAGAAAAGUUCUUCAGUAAUUUUACUAGUGUUAUUCUCGCAGUGACUGAAUAAUUCUAUGACAACAUAACUGCAAAACGUAUGGGUGUGUCGUAGCGGAAAACCAAAUCUACGCGAAACAGAUAUUGACGCUUAUUUAUUCUAGCCCGCCUUCAGUAAUUCUUCAUGGACAAUGCUGAUAGAAGCCUAAUUCGCUAGUCAAUGAAGACUUUCUACGUCGCUUUGAGACGACUGUGGCAGACUGUCAGUUGUAUAGCUGCUCAAACAAGUAGAUACGUGUUAUAUAAUUUUAAAAUAAAUGAGUAAACUCUUAGCCAAGCUAUAGCUGUCAAGGUCAUUAUUACGUGCUGCAACAUGUACAGCUGAAUGCAUUUCUUCCGUACUUAUUUAGCCUGUAGGUAUUUCAAGUUUUACGUCUCGGGCUACUGCCGUUAAGCGUUAGUUCACGCGUAUGGCUCCGUUCACCCCUAACAUAUAACCCUGCCAAAUAACGUUCCACUUAAGGCAAACAUAUGAUAGCCCUAAUCUUUGUUUAUGGGUGUUGAGACGUAACGCCGAGAACCUAUCCAUGUAAACUUGGCCAGGAUUUCUGUGAGCUUUUACGCUAGGGAACACUUAGGCAUUCGAAAACUUUAGAUGAUUAAACUUUGGGUGUUUUUUUCCGCCUAAAUUACGUCUAUCAGUCUGUGCCUGUGCGCACGCGAUUGGGUCUGUGGCCUUUUUCACUUGUCGCCACCCAU